AUGGAAGAAAUUUUGUGUUUGAAAAUUCAUCAUAGUGGUGAGUUUGUGGACUCUGAAAAAACCGAUUAUGUGGGGGGUAAAUGCAAUAAUUUAGAGAUAGAUGUAGAUAGGUGGUCAUACUUUGAAUUAGUUGGUGUUGUGAAAGAUCCGGGUUACACUGAGAUAGACACUAUAUAUUACAAUGACCCCACAUUUGGAAUGAAUGUUCUUAAGGAUGAUAAGGGUGCAUUAGAUGUAGCUGACCUUUGUAGGGUACAUUCGAAAGAUGGAAUUUACAUAGAACAUCCAUUAUCUCAACCAUAA